GAAGAAAAGAGCUAGCAUGAUUGUUUUUUUUACCAGUUAGCAUUUUUUUUCGUCAAUCUAAUGGACUCGUUUUUCGCCGGGGCGAUGGCCGGCCUUUCUGUAGAUAUCAUAUUAUAUCCCAUUGACACCCUCAAAACGCGUGUGCAAUCGAAGAAGGGCUUCCUGGCGUCUGGGGGGUUAUUGAACGUCUACAAAGGUCUUAGUGCGGUGGCAAUUGGCUCCGUACCAGGCGGGGCGGCCUUUUUUACAGUUUAUGAUUCCACCAAGUGUCGUCUGCUCGAGCUACAUAACGAGUUUGCUUUGAAUGUUGAAUCUUCUGGUUUCAACACCGGAGUCUAUGCCUGUCAGGCGAUAGCGGCGAUGUGCGGGGAGUGUAGCGCGUGUUGUGUACGUACGCCAGUGGAAAUGGUCAAGCAACGAAUGCAGGUGGGGCAUCAUAAAAGUGUGAUCUCAGCACUGCGUUCAAUUACUAAUAAUCUCAGCGUCACUGAUCAUUUUAGUCAAGGACUAGUAGCUAGCGGCGAUGUGCCGAUUCGUAUCAGGGGCUUUCAUUAUUUGUUUACAGGGAUGCCGAUCAUGCUUAUGCGUGAGCUGCCUUUUUCUGUGAUCCAAAUGUCUCUGUAUGAGUUCUUGAAGUAUCGCCUGACUCACAAAAAAAAUUCUGAAUCAUAUCACGUCGCCGGACUACCACUUUGUGGAGCUCUUAGUGGAGGUUGUGCUGCGUUUUUGACCACCCCAUUGGAUGUCAUUAAGACAAGAAUCAUGUUGCAGCCGACGCAGAGCUGGAGUCGAGAUGCGAUAACGCGUGUUAUAAGGGAAUUAGCGACCGAACCAGCACGCCCCGGGGAUCGUUUCGGGGAUGCCCAAAGAUUUUUUCGCGGUGCCUCUGCUCGCGUUCUUUGGAUUUCAAUAGGUGGAAGUAUAUUUUUCGGCACCUACGAACUUUUUAUGCGUUUCCCUUUAAGGCAUGCCUACUGA